UCUCAACAUCCACCUAUCUUCUGGGCUUACCAUAUCAACCCCAUCUUCUCUCUCCACUCUACUCACUCCCUUAUCUGCGUAUCUCAACAACAACAACAGUAGCAGAGGAAGAAGAAGAAGCUCAAAAGAGCAAUAACAAUGGCGGCUUUAACACAGCAAUUAGCAGGAGGAUUAAGAUGCCCACCACUCUCAAAUUCCAACCUUUCAAAACCCUUUUCAUCAAAACACACUCUUAAGCCUCGAUUCUCCCCAAUUGUAUCAGCUGUUGCUGUUAACAAUGCUCAGACUAGAGAGAGACAGAAGCUUAAACAGCUCUUUGAGGAUGCUUAUGAACGAUGUCGUACUGCUCCCAUGGAAGGUGUUUCCUUCACCAUUGAUGAUUUUCAUACUGCUCUUGAUAAGUAUGACUUUAAUUCUGAACUGGGUACCAGGGUCAAGGGUACAGUAUUCUGCACAGAUGCCAAUGGGGCAUUAGUCGAUAUAACUGCAAAAUCUUCAGCAUACUUGCCUCUCCAAGAGGCCUGUAUUCACAGAAUAAAACACGUGGAGGAAGCUGGGAUACUCCCAGGAGUACGAGAAGAAUUUGUAAUCAUUGGUGAAAAUGAAGCUGAUGAUAGCUUAAUCUUGAGUUUGCGACAAAUCCAGUAUGAGCUUGCAUGGGAAAGGUGUAGGCAGUUGCAAGCUGAGGAUGUUGUAGUUAAGGGGAAGAUUGUUGGAGCGAACAAAGGUGGAGUUGUGGCUCUGGUGGAGGGCCUUCGUGGCUUUGUUCCCUUUUCACAAAUAUCAACUAAAUCUACUGCAGAAGAGCUUCUUGAGAAAGAGAUCCCUUUAAAAUUUGUCGAGGUUGAUGAGGAACAAUCCAGGCUGGUAAUGAGUAACCGAAAGGCCAUGGCUGACAGCCAGGCACAGCUUGGUAUUGGAUCAGUUGUCACAGGAACUGUCCAAUCUCUUAAACCUUACGGUGCCUUUAUUGAUAUUGGUGGAAUCAAUGGCCUUCUUCAUGUUAGUCAAAUUAGUCACGAUCGUGUUUCGGAUAUUGCAACAGUCCUACAACCUGGUGACACAUUGAAGGUCAUGAUUUUGAGCCAUGACCGUGAAAGAGGUAGGGUGAGUCUGUCAACGAAGAAGUUGGAGCCUACUCCUGGUGACAUGAUUCGUAAUCCAAAGCUUGUCUUUGAGAAGGCUGAAGAGAUGGCUCAAACAUUCAGACAAAGAAUUGCACAAGCAGAAGCUAUGGCUCGUGCUGACAUGCUUAGAUUCCAGCCUGAGAGUGGUCUCACUCUCAGCUCAGAUGGAAUCUUAGGCCCUCUAACUUCAGAUUUGCCAGCAGAGGGGCUAGAUUUGAGUGCUGUUCCGCCCGCUGAUGAAUCCUGAAAAUAUUUGUCCAUCUUUGGCCUGUCAGUUUUGAAUUCUGUAUCUUAGUUUGUAAUUAUAAUUACUGGCUUCAUAUUCUUUACACUUGUAAUGAAAUCUGUCCAAUCAUCUCAUCUGGCCGGUAGUUAAUCUUACUGUUCUGCAAAUAUACUUACUGUUUAUGUUAUAGUAUAAAUGCAGCUAGUAAUAUUUGAGAGAGCCAAUGGAUCAAAUAUUGCAUUCGUUUUGG